AUGAUAUCAUCCACCCGAUCACCUUGCUCUGAGCACCGAAAUGAUGCCACUGAAAAUUGUGUCAUGAUAUGGAUGAUUGAUUUCAAUGAAUUUACUAUUGAAGCAAAUGAUGACUCUCCUCACACCCGAAUUCAUCAUUCCGACCACAACCAAUUGGACACUCUCAGGUUCAUGCGGUUAUUAAAAAGAAAAUUUGAAACACAACAAUUUGGAAAGAAGAAGUGGCUUGAACAUCGAGAAACACAAUUGAUCACACCAAUUCGUGAUUGGCACUUUUUUCCCAUUGAAUUUAUGAAUGAUAAACUUUUCAUUCUGGAGUAUGUUAAAAAGCAUGGACAAGGAAUAUACUAUGCAUCUCGUGAAUUGAAGAACGAUAGGACCUUUCUGUUAGAGGUACUGCCAUACAGCGACGAAGAAGUUUUGCAUUGUGCGAAUUGCAAAGUAUUUGAUCGUGAAUUCUUACUGGAAGCCGUUAAACAUUCUGGUCAUGCCUUAGAAUUCGCAACUCAUGAAUUGAAAAAAGAUAAACAGUUUGUGAUGGAAGCAGUCUCUCGACAUGGAGCUGCAUUACAAUAUGCCUCAAAGGAAUUGAAAAACGAUAGAGAUGUUGUUUUGCGAGCAGUUCAGCAAAAUGCUGAAGCACUCAAGUUUACUCAUGAGAAAUACUAUUCCGAUUAUGAAAUUAUUUUGGAAGCAGUAAAGAAGGACGCCAAAACACUAUUCUAUGCUUCCAGUGAACUGAAAUGCAAUAGAGAAAUUGUUAUGGAAGCAGUCAGGAAAAACGGUCGUGCAUUAGUGAUGGCAUCAAAACAAUUCUUAAGUGACAAGGAAAUUAUUUUGGAGGCACUCAAGACCUAUAGUGAGAUAUUUCACGAUAUACCCCAAGAAUUGAAGAAUGACAUGAAUUUUGUGCUACAAGCUUCCCAAUAUUCCAUUUCUGCUUUAAAAUAUUUGCCAAAAGAGUACAAGAGCAACCGUGAAUUUAUUCUUCAAAUUGUGAAGCAAAAUGGAUCUGCAUUGGCAUGGACUGACGAAGAGUUAAAAUAUCACGACAGAGAAAUUGUUUUGGAGGCAGUGAGAAAUGAUGGUCGAGCCAUUUAUUUUGUCCCUAAAGAAGGCACAUUUUAUAAUGACAAGGAAAUUACAUUGCAAGCCAUUCAACACGGAUGUACUUUAGAAUUGGUAUCUCCAAAGUUUCACAGUGAUCGAGACGUGUUACUGACAGCAGCUCGACGAGAUGCUAAUUCUCUCUCUUUCAUUUCUACGCAAACAUCUCUCAUGGAAAAUAAUUUCGAGUUGUAUCAAGAGGUUGCAUUGGAAUGUGUGAAAAAAGACGCGGAUGUGUUUCAAUAUAUUUCUCCAACAUUAAGAAACAAUAAGGAAUUUAUUUUGACAGCGAUUCGACAAAACUAUCUAGUGAUUAGGAAUUUUACAUCACAAGAUUUCACUGAAUUUCAGAAAGAUUUAAACUUUGUAUUGGGCAUUAUUCAAAUCACACCUGCUGCUAUGCGUUGGCUCUCCGAAGAUUUGAAACGUGACAAAGAAUUUAUUUUGAAGGCAGUGCGACGUCAUGGACAGGCCUUAAAGUUUGCAACCUUACGUUCCAUUUCUCAGGAAGAAAAAUGGGAGCUCAUCAUUGAGGCAGUGAAACAAAAUGGAUAUGUUUCAGAGUAUACCGAUGAAUUGUAUUUGAUUCGAAUGUAUCAUUGUUAUGGUGAAGAAUGUGACAAUCUCCUUUUGAUUGAUCUCUCUCAUCGAACCAUUCAACAUUGA